AUGAACAACCCGUUUAGAAGAUCGUCCCAGUCGUCAGACGAUGACCCGUUCGACGUUCCAGAAAAUUACUAUGGCUCUACCACCAACCCCGCAAAGGCAUCGAAGGACCUGAAGUUCGGCAGGGUCAGAACGUUUUCGGUGUUUGAGGCAAAGACCACUCGCUUAAACACCUUGAUGUCUCCUCUGAUGUCGACUGAGUCCGUGGACGAUGCGUCCAACCAGGGCUCCUCCACGUCGCUGGCCACAUCCCCCACCCCUGAGGUUGAAGACGGCCAUGUCCCUCCUUCUGCUCAAGUGGACAGCCUUAGAAGAGGGUCCAUUGUGCCCAUAUAUCACGAUGUGACAAGUACGGACUCGUUGGGAGGCACCACGAAGCCCGUGGAGAUCCAGGCUCCAAGACCCAUCUCCCAAAGAAGAGCUUCAUUAGACCUGUCGAUCUUGGCCCCCAAGAAGUUCUACAUCAACGACAUUGACAUGACGCUCAAGGAGCUUUUGCAGAACGAGGACACGGACCACAAUUUCCAGAUCACUAUCGAGGAUUCGGGGCCCAAGGUGUUGAACUUGGGAACUGCCAACUCCAACGGCUACAACCAAUUCGCCGUGAGAGGCACCUACCAGCUUCUGAACCUCUUGCAGGAGCUCACCAUUGCCAAACGAUUUGGCAGAAACCAGAUGAUUUUGGAUGAACAAAGGCUCUGCGAAAACCCGGUGAGAAGAAUGAAGAGACUCAUCACCACCCAGUUCUGGAGAGCCCUCACCAGAAAGAUCACCAGAGAGAAUAUCGUAGAAAUGGCUCGUGAUACCAAGAUCGUGGAGGAGUACAUUAACGAGAAGGGGGAGCUCGUCAAGAACGCCGAGUCUGUGCGCUUGUACAUUCCUCAUGACAGACCUGACCAGUACGAGUAUUUUAGCUCCAUCAAGAAGGAGAAUCCUGAAAUCACAUUGGAUGUUCAGUACCUUCCUGAGAAAAUAGACGCUGCUUUUAUCAAGUCGAUCAACAAGAAGCCAGGGCUUUUGGCGCUUGAAGCUAAACCUGGCCCCGAUGGUGAUCUUCAAAACGAACCCUACGUUGUUCCUGGUGGCAGAUUCAACGAGCUUUACGGCUGGGACUCGUACAUGAUUGUUCUUGGGCUUCUUCUUGAUGCCACCCCCGAGGACCAGAAGAAUUUGCAGUUGUCCCGUGGUAUGACUGAAAACUUCAUCUACGAGAUCAAGCACUACAACAAGAUCUUAAACGCCAAUAGAUCAUAUUACUUGGGCCGUUCGCAGCCUCCAUUUUUGACUGACAUGGCUUUGCGAGUGUUUGAGAAAACUUUAGAGCUCAACCCCAACAGCCAGGAUGACGCCCUCGACUUCUUAAAGAGAUCCACUCUUGCUGCCAUCAAGGAGUAUGAUACAGUGUGGGUAUGCAAGCCUCGUCUUGACGAACGCACAGGCCUUUCCUGUUACCACCCUGACGGUGAAGGUAUUCCUCCUGAGACUGAGGCGUCCCAUUUUAAUGCUAUUCUCGCACCAUACUUGAAGAAGCACAAUGUUACUCAGCCCGAGUUCAUUGAAAUGUACAAUGCGAAGCAAGUUCAUGAACCAGACUUGGACGAGUAUUUCUUACACGAUAGAGCUGUUAGAGAAUCCGGGCACGACACCUCAUACCGUUUGGAAGGCAAAGCUGCAUACUUGGCAACCGUCGAUUUGAAUUCAUUGAUAUACAAGUACGAGGUUGACAUUGCCUCGAUUAUAGAGAAGCAUUUCGGUGGGGAAUUGUUCGACCCUCGCACUGGCCAUACGAACACGCCAGCUGAAUGGCGCAAAAAAGCCGAGCUUCGACAGAAGAGAAUGACAGAGUACUUGUGGAACGAGGAAGACUUCAUCUUCUACGACUACCACAUCAAGGAACAGAAACAGAGCAAGUACGAGUCGGCCACCUGUUUCUGGCCAUUAUACGCUGGUGCUGCCACCGAAGAUCAGGCCGACAAGCUUGUGCGUGACUCACUUCGCAAAUUCGAAGAAGACGGAGGACUUGUGUCUGGAACAUUACGUUCUCGUGGCGAGGUGAGUAUUCUGAGACCAUCGCGUCAGUGGGACUACCCUUAUGGUUGGGCGCCGCAACAGAUGUUGGCGUGGAUCGGCUUAACAAAUUACAACUACAACGGUGCAGCCAGACGCUUGGCCUACAGAUGGCUCUACAUGAUGACGAGAGCGUUUGUGGACUACAAUGGUGUCGUUGUUGAGAAGUAUAAUGUUCUUUCUGGUGCGGUACCUCACAGAGUGAACGCCGAAUAUGGCAACCAAGGCGCUGACUUCAAGGGCGUAGCUACUGAGGGUUUCGGCUGGGUUAAUGCCAGUUACCUUGUUGGACUCACUUAUUUGAACUUGCAAGCCCAGAGAAGUCUCGGUGCAUUGAUCCCUCCAGAUGUGUUCUUGAAGAACAUGAAUGAGUCCCAGAAGGAGCUUUACACAUGA